AUGUCCGGGUUAAACAAUGACGGCUAAGUUAAAUGUUGUUUUUGACGUUAUUUAACACUUUAUUGAUUUACAAAAAAAACCCUGGCCACACCAGGUAUUCGUCGGGCUGCCGUUGCUUUUGAAAGAAAGUGCAGUUUGACGUGGCGCUCAUGUUGUUUAUUCGGACUACUGCGGGUCUCCGCAGUCAGCUUCUAACCGGUUUACGCAACUCGCUUUCCGGCUACAGCACCUCCAGAGCCACCGCUGCAUACAUCCAGGGCCAGAGCCCAGAACCACGGAUCCGUGAGUACUUCUACUACAUUGACCACCAAGGACAGUUGUUCCUGGACGACACCAAAGUGAAGAACUUUGUCACCUGCUUCAAAGACAAACACUUCCUGGCUUUCUUCUUCAGUCGUCUGCGUGUCAAUCAGAGCGGACGCUACAUGGAGGACUUCCCCUUCCUGUCUCUGUGUGGGAGGGAGAGGAAUUUCCUGCGCUGCGACGACCAGCCGGUGGUCUUCACCCACCUGCUGGAGGCCAUCACCGGAGACCAGAAGCUUCUGUCGUUCUGCGGCGGCGCAGAGAAGCUGACCGCGCCCUUCCGUCCUGAGGCGCUUUACAUGCAUCCGAUAAGCGGGCGACUUUACCACCCCUGUUCUGAGCGGACAGGUGGCGUUGGCCUGGUGAGGUCCGCCUUGGCUAUUGAGCUCAGCCCAUUCUUUGUCUAUGCUUCAGAGCCGGGCCAAUCAGGACUGCCUACACACUUCCUGUGGGGAGAAGAGCAGCACUCACUGACCAAUGAGCUGGCAGGAAGCUUCCCCACAAUAGAGGAUGACAGUGGAGCAGGACUGAGUUAAAAUCCACAGCAGAAAAGGUGUGUGUGUGAGGGUGCGAGGUUGCAACAAAAUAACUCUCUUGAUCAGUGAUAUUGCAGACAAAUGAAGGAUAUGAAAUAUGGCGGCUGUGGUGAAAACAAUAAAUUUGUUAUGUCAACAUGUUUAA